AUGGAGCCUCCUCAAACCACUGAGCCUCUCCCACAGCCGCCGGCUUCUCUUGAGACCCCUGAGCCAGCAGAGGUAGAGAAGCACUCUACUCCAUGCGAGGCUGAUCCCCCAAAGGACAACUUCACGAAGCUUAACGUCAAUGCGAAGUCAUUCAUGCCACAUGGAUCCAUGGCUACAGGUGAGUCGUUGCUCCGCACUCCUGCGUGCAAGCCAAAAGACCCCCCUGCGACUCUCGUAGCACAGCCGAAGGAGAUCCCUGGGAAGAAAAGACCCCCAUCGUAUCCCCCACAGUCCAAUUUAAUGCCACCGCCGCCUCCCCCACCGCCUCAACUACUGCCCUUGUCGGUCAGCACCGUUUUUUUCCCAGGCUCACAACCAGGUCCAGCACAGCAGCAACCACAAGGUCUAAAUUUCAUGCAACAGCCGGGCAUGUUUUUGCAUCCCGGGAUGCCGCCCCCCCAAAUGUCACAGAUGCCCCCUCCGCAAAUGCCACCUCAGAUGCCCCCACAAAUGCCUCCCCAAAUACCCCCCCCUCAAAUGACCUCUCAGAUGCCGCCGUCGAUGAUGCCGAUGCAGCUGUCGAUGCCGAUGUCAGUCUCAAUGAUGCCCGUACCUUUCCCGAUGCCUCCGCCGGGUGCGAUGGCGACGGGUCCACCACCGCGGGGGGUCUUCCCGCCCGGCCUCGCCCCACAGGCUCUGGGCUUUCCCUUAGCUGCGCCUUCGCCGCCGGUAGCCGGCCUCCCCAUGCCGCCCCCGGGCUUCCCACAGCCCAUGACCCCUCAACAGGCGAAAGUGAGCGUCGGAAACGCCUCGUUGAGUGCGCUUAACUCCAAGGAGCCGCCUAAGUUUUCCUGCGUUUUGCUCUCCGGCCCGCCUGCGGUGGGUAAGACCACCCUUGGUCAUGAGCUCGUUAACAGUCUCAAGGCAGAUGGUUUAGGGUGGACCUUCUUUUCCGGAGCGGAUUUUCUUCUAGAGGGGUCUACGAAGCACUCCAUAUGGGAGAAGACAAAAGAGGUCUUUGAUGCACUCAGUAAGCGUCUGGAUGCGCUCUUAGAACAGCAGAGGCAGCACCGCACCAUCAAAGGUCUCAUAAUUGACAAGAAUCUAAGGGGUAUCGAGGACCUUUACUACCUAACGAUGCUUCUUCAGUCGAAGAACAUCCCUUUUGUAGGCAUCAUCGGGAUGGCGUGCGCGGACGACGAUAUUCUUAUCGAGCGUAUGGGUGGCGGCGAGGAGCUUCGAGAGAAGCUCAAAUACCACCAUGUCAUUCACGCACGGGUCACGAGUUUGGCGAAGAUGGCGUCCAUGUACCGCGUUGUAGACGCUUCUAAAAGCAAGAAGGAGGUGGUUCUGAGUCUGCGCACAAUGGCACUAGGCUUCUGCGCGCAGCCGCUAACGAGGGGGAUUCGGACCCAUUACUACGAAGAAUCGCGUGCAAAUGUCAUUGUAGACUCCUACGAGGAGUACUAUCGCGUCAUGACCGCGCUGUUUGAGUGCGUUAGCGUACGAGGUUUCCAGUUCCCAACUUCAACCCAAUUAGUGCCCUUUUCAACAAAGGAAAUGACUGACAAGGCGCGUGUAAACGCCAUCAAGACUCAUUACGGUGUCCGACAGAAACCCAAAGGCACCCAUUACCUCUUACUCUACGUGAACGAAAAGAUGUACUUGAUCCCGUCCCAUAUGCGGGCAGUGCUCAUGAUGACAGGGAGACCUUGGGCCGGGAAGAGUCUCGAAAAUGUUGCUUCCUUUGUGCUAGAGGGUAUCCUCACGCACUCUACAAGGAAUCGUCAUAAGGAAAUCUUCCUUGUGUAUGACGUGAUCUUCUGGAGCGAGAAAAAUCAGCCAUCUAAUAAUAUUUCCAUGCGCAUGUUGUGGGAUGAGCGCCAGGUGAUCCUCAAAAAGUAUCUCCUCCUCGAAGAAGAGGUGAGUUUCACCGAUGAGGUAGAUUGCUUGAUUGCGUACCAAACUACACACAAGAUCUCCAACGUGUUGAAUAUCCUGGACUCAAAGGAAUUCCCUAUGGAGGGCCUCGUGUUGCAACCCAUUCAACUACUCCAUCGCACCGAUCAUGUAUUGCUCUGGCGCCCACCCGAUUCCAUUACCGUAGACUUCCGUGUAGGUUCCUUGAUCCGCGUACAUGAUAACCAGGGGUCCUCCAUUGAGCCCUCAAUCAAUGCCGACACGGCGCUUCAAAGUAAGACAGAUACGCCUCUUGGAUACCGUCAAGGCGUGGACGACUCCUAUGGGCCUUCAUACCGAACCUACGCCCUUGAGGUGUAUGACAAGUUGGAAAAGAAGUACGUGCAGUACGAGUCCGCCACUAUCGACAUCUGCCACGCUGAUGUGGUCCGGGGCAGUAUCAUUACCUGUUGCCUCCAGAUCAGCCCUCAACAGGGUUGGACCUUCAACCGCAUCCGUUAUGACCUCGUGCGCCCCGACUAUCUCCAUGACGUGAAAGAGCUGCUCCAAUCCUGUUUGAUCUCGCGCGCGCAGUUCGUGUCGUGGUUGAUUGCGGAGCAGUUCGUGGUGUCCAACACCGCAAUUGCUAAGCCCGAGGAUUCUUUGAAUGUACCGCCCCCGCCGUCCUACGGGAUCGCGACGCGCCUGUUAGCCUCGGAUGGCUCCACAACCCGGGUGCCCCCCCCUCCCAUGCAUCAGCCUACGACUCAGGAGCACUUCUUCGGUGCACACUUCCCUAAUGCGUCGGAGAUGCUCGCGCGGAGUGCGGCGCAGGCGAUCGCCCCCCCGGCGGAGGCCCCUACGCAGCUGCAAUUGCUGGCAAGCAUCGUGCCCUCCCUCCACAUUGUGCGCAAGGGAAGCCCUGCGGAAAAGCCACCGACGACAUUGACAGUGGCCAAAACGGUGGUAGCAUCGGUGAAUAAGGAUGCCGGCUCACUAAACGAGGCGAAUGUGAAGGAAGCCCCGUUAGCGUCUCACACCCAUUACUGUGCGCAAUGCCAUCGCAAAAAACAGCGCGACGAUCUCCGUAUGGAUAAGAGCGACCGGAAGUACUACUGUUACUCUUGCUGGGCGAAGACCGGCUACGGAUUCUGUAGUUACUGCGGCGAGUUCAGCCAGGGUGAUCGUGAGACACGAGGGUCCCAGAAGGGCAACUUUGUCUGCAAUGCCUGCAACCAAAGCCAUGAGAAUAAAUCAAACGCUCGGAAAGGAAAUUCAACGCGCGCCGGUCAACCCGAAGAGGGGGCGGCAGCAAAAAAUAACCGAAAGCAGAAGUCGCGGAACAAUAAAUCCACAACCGUCGCGACGGUGGAGCCGGCGGCGGAACACAAAGAUUCUGUUGUACCCGUGGAGCCAAAGAAAAGAAACUCCAGGAGACACAAGAAAACCCCCGUAGAAGCCGGAGAUGCGCAGGGUUUGGAGGAAAGUGUUAGCACCAGCCCGAAGAAUGACGCGGCGCCUCCUCCUACAUCCCAGACCCCCUGCGAGGCGCCUGCAACCGUUGCCGAAGCCCAUGCGCCCGUGAUGGAUACAUCGAAGCCAAACCAUGGGUCUGUCAAGGCCACAUCUCCAAAGAGCGAUGAUAAGGUUACGAGGGACGAAUCUAGCCCAACUAGUGGAAGCGCCUCACACAUGCCACAGUCCCCAGACGGAGUUGACCUAGCAGUGGAACCGGACUCUAACUCAAGGGUUAACGAUUCGGCCGCAAAGAAAAGCGGCAUGUGUACUCAACAGUGA